AUGUCAGGUGUUGUCUGCGCCUGGGCAAACCUGUCAGAGGAAGCGGUGGAAUGGUACGAGAACGAAUUCUUGCCGCAACAGCGCAACGUGGAAGCUAUGCACUCGAUACAUUGCGAAGUCACUGCGAGCGGCAUGGAGCAUGAGCCAGUCGGAAAACUAGAUGCGCCAUGGCCCUUCCUUACAGUCUACGAAGUCAAAGAUGUUGCCCGGACAAACAAAAAAGUCGAUGUCGUGUCUGAUCACCUGGAGGCGGCAAAAAUUGAUCCGCUCAAGCAUGUGAACUUCGACGUCAGGUCAUACCGAGAAGUCAAAAGGUGGCAGAACGAAGAAUUUGAGGGCAACGGAAGUCCAGACAUCGAACACGUCGCGAGCAUAGCAGCCAUGGAAUGGACGGUCGAUGAUGCCAAAGAAGAGGAAGUUUUGAAGUAUUACUAUGAAGUCGUUGGACCUACCAUUUCCAGCUCACCUGAUGUGCUGCGUUUUCGUCUCUUUAAGCUCGACCGUGCAGUCGUUGUGGACAAAGACCAGAAAAGAACUUGUUUGGAUAACAAGAAUCUUCACAAAUACUUUACUCUCGUCGAGCUCGAAUCUGAAGAGUGGCCUUGGGACGUUGUUGUCGACCUUGCAGAGAACCCAGGUUGGUCAAAGUAUUUUGAAACACAGACAGUCGUGAAAUGGCAGCUUAGUCAUUACUUAACAAGAUCAACUUUCUGGGAGUACAAGAAACAGCCCUCCGCUUCCUAA